AUGAAUCAAAUUAAAUGUGAGAAAUGCUAAAUUGUACCUGAGAAAUUUGUCUGCUUGGAUUGUGAACAUACAUUUUGCCUUUCCUGCUUAGCUAAAUUGUUUAAAUAACAUGAAAAUUCAAUUCAAUGUAUAUCAUGUUACGACAUAACAAUGUUAGAUGAUGAAACUAUAAAUGCAUUAAUUGAAGCGAAAUUACAACAAUUAUAGCCUCCUGUUAUAAUUCCAUACACUACUUCUAAAAAAUAAAUUAAUCAAAAAGACUUAAUUUAAAUUAAAGGUCACCCUUUUAUUGAAAAACUUAAUGUUUCUAUCGAGAAAUGUUUGGAUAAUAUUCGAAUCAUAUAGUUUGAUAAAUAGAAGAUGAGAGAAAUUUCGAAUAAAAUUAAAUCAGAUCUUGAAUCUGAAUUUAAAUCAUUGCAUACAUAUUUAGAUGAUAAAUUAGAAGCAUUUAUGAAUGAAAUUUCGAGAUUUGAAACUCUAAAUUCUACUAAUUUACAAAAAUAAGAAGAGGGAUUCUAAAUUGAUAUCAAAGAAAUGUAAAUAAUGAAGGAUGAGAUUAAGAGUUUAUUGUAAUCACAAACAGGAAUUUAAGAUGAUAUUGAAUAAUUUAAAAUUAUAUUAAAUCAGAUUGAUGAAAUUACUAUCAAAGCAAAUUAAUAAUAUUAGACUCAACUCAAACAAUUUUAAGAUGAAAUUUAUAAAAUACCUCUUAAGUGGACUGAUUUUUCAAGUUCUUAUAAAACAUUAUUCAAUAAUUUCGAUUAAACAAAACCAUUAUAAGCAUCAUCAUAAUAGCAAACAUAGUUUAUAACAGCAAAUCGAUUAGAAAAAAUUCAAUAAUCUUUAGUUAAUUCAAUCUCUCAUACAAAUGUUAAACCUAUUAAGGCAUCUCAUUAGUCUCAUUUAUCUUUAUGCUCUCCUCCUAGAAAUAGUUUUCUUUAAGAUGAACAUUAAAUUCAAAGGAGAUCAAGCCGAAUUGAGUUAAUAAGCAAAUUAUAAAGCCCAGGUGAAAUCAGAGUUAGUUCGAUGAAUAGAAGAAACACAAGAACGUUGGUUCCAAAUCUAAAUUUGACAGGAAUUUCGAGUAUAAAAUGA